AUGGGACGGGUCAUGUCAGGGAUGCACUAUCGCUUUGAUAGCCCCGAUGAGUACCGGUGGUGGAACGAGAACUCAGCGCGUUACCCCAACCAGGUUUACUACCGGGAUUACAGCAGCCCCGUGUCGCAGGACGUCUUCGUCGCCGACUGCUUCAACAUCACGGUGACCGAAUACAACAUCGGACCUGCUGUCAAGAAGAACGCCUCCGAGGCUGGCUCAGCCGUCAACCAAACGGAGACGGAGCUGGAGACCAAGGUGGUGACCAAAGUCAUCCGGGAGAUGUGCAUCCAGCAGUACCGCGAGUACCGCCUGGCCUCCGGCAUCCGGCUGCAUCUUGCUGAUGCCUCCCUCGCCGCCCUCCUCCUCCUCACCCUCUUCGUCAUGCACUGA